AUGGCCACUCGUGGCAUCGCGGCCAAUUGCCGCAAAGUUGUCUGCAUCGGAAGAAAUUAUGCAGACCACAUAAAAGAGCUCAAUAAUGUCCGCCCCAAGAAACCCUUCUUCUUCCUCAAACCUCCCUCCUCGAUCCUUGAACCGGGCCAAGGUCCCGUCCUCCGCCCAAAGGGCGUAAAUCUCCACUAUGAAGUCGAACUCGCUUUGAUCAUGGGCCGUAAGGUCCAGGAUCUACCCCAAGACGACGAAAGAGGAGCUCUUGAUGCCAUUGCGGGCUACGCCGUCAGCAUCGACAUGACAGCGCGCGAUGUACAAGAAGAAGCCAAGAGGAAAAGCAUUCCGUGGACCGCUGCUAAAGGCUUCGACACCUUCCUCCCCGUUUCAAAAUACAUACCCAAAUCCGCCAUAACGGAUCCGCAUGAUGUGGAGCUCUGGCUUACAGUCAAUGGAACGGAGAGGCAAAGAGAUAGUACGGCGCUGAUGCUGUUUAGGAUUCCUCGGAUUUUGAGUGAGAUCAGUCGAGUUAUGAAGCUGGAAGAAGGGGAUAUCGUGCUGACGGGGACGCCGAAGGGGGUGGGGAAGGUGGAGGUGGGGGAUGUGAUGAGGGCGGGGGUCGUGGUUGGGGGAAAGGAGAUUGAAGAGGCGGGGAUUGAGGUUGGAGUUGAGGAGAAAGGGGGGUUGUAUGUUUUUGAGGAGACGUAG